GGUACGUUCAUAGUCAAUGAUUAUGGAAUACAGUGAGAAUAGAAAACAGGCGGAGAGAGAGACAUAAUAUCUACGCAUUUUAUACAAAUAUUUUAUGAUUCUGGGAAAAAAGAUAUUGCGACCAUGUCUACGCGACCUGAUGAUCACCGGAGAAAAUGGAACCGGGAGGAAUAUGAAAGGAUUGCACUUCAAAGACUCCAAGAAGAGAUCGCGGAGGAAGAAUUGGGGCUUCCUAAACAACCAGCAGUUAAAAGAGAAUUGCUAAAACAGAGAGAUUACAAAGUUGAUCUCGAAUCAAAACUAGGAAAAAGUGUUGUCAUCAAUAAAAAUACGCCAUCAUCACAAACUGGAGGAUACUAUUGCAAUGUCUGCGAUUGUGUUGUCAAAGAUUCCAUCAAUUUUUUGGAUCACAUUAAUGGAACAAAACAUCAACGUAAUCUGGGUAUGUCUAUGAAAAUAGAGCGAUCUACAUUGGAGCAGGUUAAAGCAAGGUUUACACAAAACAAGAAAAAGCUUGAAGAGAAAAAGAAGGAUUAUGAUUUGGAGCAGAGAGUAAAGGAAUUAAAAGAAGAGAUUAUUUCUCUAUUAUUCACAGGAAGAAAAGAUCAAAGAAUACAGAAAGGAGAAGAGGAAAGACAAGAAGAGGAAGAUUGAGGAACUGGCAGAGGAUGAUGCAGGACCCUCUGAUGAAAUGGCCGCGAUUAUGGGAUUCUCCGGCUUCGGUUCGAAAAAGAAGUGACUUUUUCCAUCUAUCCUUGAGAAAGAGAAUGUUGAUUCUUUAAGAAAGAACGUUGCCGAUAUGAUUUGUGGACAGUUGGAAAAAUGGAGAACAGUUUUAAUUCCAGUUAUUGGAAUUUAAGGAUGCGAUCCACGAAUGUGAGUUUGUGACAUAUUUUUUUCAUUUGUCCUAGAAUUUCGUGUUUAUUCGAGACGAGAAAAAUAGCUAUCAAUUACAAAUCCGACCAAUGUAACAAAUCACAUGAGCUUAAACUGUAAUUUAAGAUUAAUUAAAAUUAAUUAAGAUUAUUUGGGCACAAAUUUGUGUGAUGUAAAUAAUUUAAGUAUAUUCUCGAAAUGACUAUAUCUCUGCUAAACUCCUUUAUUAUAAGAACACAGAAUCUUACGUAUGAUUGUCGCCAAAGGAGAAUGUAUGUGUCAUGAUUGUAGAAAUAAAAUUUAUGAGAAGUUGAGUGAGAGACAGAAAAAA